AUGUCUUUCAGCUCCAGAUCCUACGGCCCAAGGACCAUGAGUGUCUACGGUGGAGCAGGUGGUCGUGGGACCCGUAUCUCCUCAGCCCAGAUGAACUAUGCACCAUCCCAGGGAGGCCUCAAUCUUGCCGACGGCCUGGACCUCCAUGUUGGAGCCAAUGAGAAGGCCACCAUGCAGAAUCUGAAUGACCGUCUGGCCUCCUACCUGGAGAAGGUCCGCACCCUGGAGAAGGAGAACGACCGCCUGGAUAAGCAGAUCAGGGAUUGGUACCAGAGCAAAACUAUCAUCUCCCACGACUACACCAGCUACUUCGUCAUCAUCGAAGACCUGAAGGACAAGAUUCGUAUCGCCUCCAGACUCAAUGCCAAGACAGUCCUGGACAUCGACAAUGCAAAACUGGCUGCCGAUGAUUUCAAAACCAAGUAUGAGAACGAGCUGGCCAUGAGGAUGGCUGUGGAGGCAGACAUUACAGGACUGAAGAGGGUGCUGGAUGAGAUGAAUCUGGCCAGGAUGGAUCUGGAGAGUCAGUAUGAGAACAUGAAGGAUGAGCUCAUCAUGCUCAAGAGGAACCAUGAAGAGGAGCUGACUAUGAUGAGGAGUCAGAUGGGUGGUCAGGUCAAUGUGUCCGUUGACGCUUGUCCCGCUCCAGACCUGAACAAGGUUAUGACAGACAUCAGGGAACACUAUGAGAGUGCCAUCGCCAAGAACCGCAAGGAACUCGAGUUGUGGUACCAGAACAAGAUCGCAGCAGUGGAACAGGACGUGGUUGUACACACAGAAACUCUAUUAACAACCCGCACAGAGAUUAAAGACCUGAAGAGCACACUCCAGAGGCUUGAGAUCGAACUGCAGUCCCAUUUGAGCAUGAAAGCAUCUCUGGAAGGCACCUUGGCAGAGACUCAGGCUCGCUAUGCUGCACAGCUAGCAAGUCUUCAAAACAUGGUCACAAGCCUGGAGGCCCAGCUGUCCCAGAUCCAUGCCAACAUCACAAGCAGCAAGCAAGAGUACGACAUGCUGCUGGACCUCAAGACCAGGCUGGAGCUGGAGAUCGCAGAGUACAGACGGUUGCUGGAUGGGGAGGAUGAAAGCACAAAGCAAGUGGUCACCAAGGUCAUCACAGUUGUGGAGACAGUUGUGGAUGGAAAGGUAGUGGAAACUAGCAAGACUGUUGAUGUGGAUGUCGAUCAGAUUGAGUGA